AUGAAGGAGACGGCGCCGUUGGUGGCUCAGCCAGUUCAGUGCAUGACACCGAUGACGAAAAUUAUGGCAGCAGGGGCUCUGGAGUGGCAGGAUACGGCAGCAGCAGUGGCUCUAAAUCGGGACACUCACACUACGGUGCCGGCGCAAACUCAGGAUAUGGCAGCGACGACGACGACUCUGGAUACGGAGCCCAAGCUGCGCGUGGAAGGAGCAAAUCAAGACACGGAAAGGGUCGAGGCAGAGGAGCCAGUUCCGCUAGCGGCUAUGGUUCUGGAUCAUCGAGCAAUUCAGGAGUUUCCGAAGGUCGAUACGGAUACAGUUCGGAUAGCAGUGAAGGAUACGAAUCAGGCGCUUAUGGACAAGGCCAAGGAGCAUACCGUGAUGCCGACGAUGACAGCUAUGAAAGUUCAGUUUAUGGGAGUUCGUCAAGCCAUGGAAGAGGAAAAGGAAGGUCUAGCAGCAGCAAGAAUCAUUAUGCUGGAAGCGACGAUUACGAUUCAGACUCAGAAGGCGUAGGAGUGUCUGGUUAUGGCAAAGGGAAGGGACGAAGCAGUGGCUACAAGAACCAAU